GUGAACGGCGCAAAAGUUUGCGCUGAUCCCCUCGACGACCUGUCGCAGCUCCGGGAUUGCAGCGUCUUCAUCAGGAUCAUCAACAAAAUCCACAGGAGCGAGGAGGGGGAGUCUGUGCUGGAGCAGCCGCUGCCGGAGAGGAUCUCCUUCAUCCGUGGCUUCCUGCAGAAGCACUGCAAGCACAAAUCGGCCACGGAGAACCUGGUCUCGGCGCAGAAACUCCUGGAGGGAGAGGAGCUGGCGUUGGCCAAGGUGGCCGUGCUGCUCCUGUAUCACACCUCCAUGAGCUGCAAGAACCCCGGGGACUGGAAUGAGUUGAGCUACGAGACCCAGGUUGAGUUGGCAUCGAUCCUCAAAUUCGUGCUGGACAACGAGGAGAGCCUGAAUGAGAACCUGGGGACGUUUCUGCAGAGGAGAGUGCCACCCUCCUCAUCUGGCAGCAGCAGCUCUGAGGAGCGCUCCCCGCUGCUCUCCUUCCCGCACAGGCGAGAGGUGCGUUUCCUGGAGCUGCAGAAGAUCGCCUCCUCCUCCAGCGCCAACAACAUGUUCCCCGGCCCUCCGUCCUCGCCCAUGGGGGACGUCAUGCAGACCCCCCAGUUCCAGCUGCGGCGACUAAAGAAGCAACUGGCUGCUGAGAGAGAGAACCGGGACGAGCUGGAGGUGGAGCUGGCAGAGAACCGCAAGCUCAUCACAGAGAAGGAGGCUCAGAUCACCAUGAUGCAGCAGCGGAUUGAUCGCUUGACUCUGCUCAACGAGAAGCAAGCGGCAGACCAGGUGGAGCCCAAGGAAAUACAGGAGCUGAGGGAGAAGAAUGAGAGCCUGACGGUGCGUUUGCACGAAGCCCUCAAGCAGUGCCAGGACCUGAAGACUGAAAAAAACCAGAUGGACCGAAAAAUCAGCCAGCUCUCUGAGGAAAACGGGGAACUUUCCUUCAAGAUGCGGGAGAUCACGAGCCACUUGGUGCAGCUGCAGGAAGCUCUGAACGAGCUCUUAGAGGAGCACAACGUGUCCCUGGUGCGGUGGCAGGAAAAGCAGGGGCAGCUGGAGAGCGAGCUGCACACUGCCCUGCAGGAGAAGAAAUGCUCGGAAGAGAAGAUCGAGAUUCUCCAGGGGAAGAUUUCUCUGCUGGAGGAUCAGCUGGCCAAGCUGGGGGACUGCAGCACCCAGAAGGGCGAAGUCAUGGGCGACGUCCUGAAG